CUGACAUCUACGCUUGACAUUGACUUUUUUAUAAGAAUCCCAAUUUUAUGACUAAUUAAGCAAAAAUAAUUCUUCAAAAAUUUCAUAUUAAAUUUAUAAUAAUACAAAAUGAAUCGUUUAUUCGGAAAAGGAAAACCAAAAGAACCAGGUCCAAGCAUAACUGACGUUAUAUCAGGGGUGGAUCAAAGAGCUGAAGGUGUAGAGAAAAAAAUUAAUGCCUUAGAAAAUGACUUGCGUAAAUUUAGAGAUCAAAUGUCCAAAAUGCGAGAAGGGCCUGCCAAAAAUGCUGUUAAACAGAAAGCCCUUAGGAUUCUCAAGCAGAAAAAGAUGUAUGAAGGUCAGCUUGAGAAUUUAAGAGGACAGUCCUUCAACAUGGAGCAAGCUAACUUUGCACAUCAAGCAUUGAAAGAUACUCAAGUAACAGUAGUAGCUAUGAGAGAUGGUAUGAAAGAAAUGAAAAAGGAGUUUAAGAAAAUUAACAUUGAUGAUAUUGAUGAUGUACAAGAUGAACUAGCUGAUAUGUUAGAACAAGCAGAUGAAGUACAGGAAGCAUUGGGCAGAACCUAUAAUACUGUCGAGGUAGAUGAAGAUGAACUGGCUGCAGAACUGGAUGCCUUAGGAGAUGAGAUGGCUUUGGAUGAUGAUCAGAGCUACCUGGAUAAUGUUCUCAAUGCCCCUGAAGCACCUUCUACUAAACCAGAAGCAGCUGCAGCUGCUAUUGGAAAUAAAGGAACCAAGGAUACGGUACCAGUUGACGAGUUUGGGUUGCCACAGCUGAAGUAGUAAAUGUGCACAGAGAGGUUUAUUUACUAAAAACAUGUAAAGGACAGUUUGGUUAACACAUGUGUACAAUAUGUAAAGCUUUUUAUGUAUAUGUGUCAGUGGAAAAAAAUUUCUCUAGUAAUUAGUAACAAGUUUGCUACACAUAAGUACUCAUAGACAAAUUUGUAAGCGAAAAUGUUUUCAAAACAGCAAAGCAAUGUUGAAUUUAAAAAAUAUUUUUAUAAAUUUAUUGUUAAGUCAUUACACUCUAUAAUAUAGCUUUGUUUAUUUAGAUUUUUACUUUUGUUAUAUCCUUUAAAUAAAAUGCAUUAA